GAAAAAUUGUCUUCGAGAAUAAUGUAACUAUUUUCUACCUUACUUGUCGAUCGGAAUCUAAAACAUGGCGGCGUGGAGUGGACUCCUCCGUAAUACAGGACAGAUUUUGUCUACAAGCAAGUUAAUAAAACCAAGUCAGCCUCCGCUAAAUGCGGUCACUAGAUACAUGUCCGGUGAUCACCACCGAGUUUUUCCCCUCGGACCAUCACGUUGGCACUGGCAUAAAACAAAAGACUUGCUGCAUUUCUACACCUUGAUCGGGGUGGUUCCGCUCUCGAUUGCCGUUUUUUGCAUUAAUGUUUUCAUUGGACCUGCUACGCUCAAGGAAAUUCCUGAAGGAUAUGAACCUAAACAUUGGGAGUAUUAUCGGCAUCCAAUAUCAAGAUGGCUAGCCCGCUACGUUUUCCCAUCAGAUCAACAAGAGUACGAGAAACAAAUGUUCUUCAUCUGGGAAGAGCAGGAGAAGCAGAAGCUGCGUAAGCUGGAGAACAAAAUCCAUAACCUGAUGAACGAACGAAUUGACUACCAGUACUACUACUACGAGCCCUACACCAACGCUCAGUACGUCAGAAGACAGGCCCAGGGUGAAAAGGAUGUACAGAUGUACAGUCAACCCUUUGAGUAAUGAAUCUGUUACUGUUUCUGAAAUUAAACAGCUUAGAAAUAAUGGCUAUCAUAGAAAUAUAGUUCAAUUCGACUAUUCUUUAUUGUACAGUGUCUUAAUAAAUUAUUUGGUAAUCUAUCAUUUACUUUAAGCAAUA